UCAUCAUCAUCAUCAUCAUGAAGGUUUGGAUUGUGUGUGCACUGCUGUGUGCUACUUUUACACUGAGAACUACCACAGCCGCAGCAGUUGAGAAUAAAUCUGAGCAGGAACAGAGAUCUCCAGGAGAAGCUACUGAACUGGCUGCGGAAGAGGUGGUUGAGGCAGCUGAGGAUAAGGUGGAAGCUCUUAAAUUAGAUGCUGAUGCUGAAGAUAAGUAUAACUACUGUCCGUCUGGAUGGGUUAAAUAUGGAUCACGCUGCUUUCGUCUAAUGAGGACAACUCAGUCCUGGCUCAACGCUGAGGCUCAGUGUGUGGCUCAAAAGGCAAAACUUGUAUCUGUACACAACCUUGGAGAAUAUAACUUUCUGCAAAGUUUGCUUGACAUGGCUGGUGUAACAUACGCUUGGAUUGGAGCUUACUACUUUCAGGGAGUGUGGCUGUGGGCUGACACGUCUCGGUGGAGUUACAGUAAUUGGCAGUCACUGAACAGUGUGUCCAGCUACCCAUGUGCUUACAUGAGGAACAAUGCUGGAUGGUAUAACACUAACUGUGGAAGUGGAUAUUCAUACGUCUGUGCUAUUGACCUACAAGCAUGUUAAGGGACAUAAAUGAAAAAAUACCCAUUAUUUUAAAACUGACAAGAUUAUAAGCAAAAUAUAUGCUCUUUUGUCUGGAGAAGACUUGACCAAUGAACACUGUUUAUGUCACUUAAUAAAAACAU